AUGUCAGCCCACCCAUCCUCCUCCGGCAUGGUUUUGCAAGGCGUGGUUGCCCAUGUCGCGAAUCCUGGUGGUCUUACCCCAUGGCAGCAAAGCAGUAGUGCCGCGAAUCCUGGUGGUCUUACCCCAGGCUCAGGUGUCCUUGCCCUAGUCCGAGUGGAAGUGACCGAUGUGCCCGGUUACGGUACUUUGACACUCGGAGCAGACAGCAACUGGACGUUGGAUGAUGUAAAAAGAGUGCUGGGUAGGGUGGUCAACAUCCCGUUGGGAGACUGGGGUUUUCAUGCGCUGACGCGCUGCACCCCACACAACAUGCCGGUCUCCCAUCUGAGGCCGGAAGACAUGCCCCUGCGCUUUUGCUGGCAUGAGUGGAGCGAAAGCUUCAGACACUCGCAGCAGCGCUGA